UAUUUUUGUUUGUUUCUCUCUUUUGCUCGGUUUAUUUACUGCUGAACUGAACUGUGGAGAAAUCGAAGAUGGCCAAGUAUUUGGAGAAGUUCUCCACCGCUCUGCGAAUUAUCCGGGAAAACGGAGGUUUAAAGGAGUCCUAUAUGGUUUUUUAUCGAACUGAUGAUUUGAAAACUGGUACAUUAAUUGGAGAAGAUGAAUUUGGUAAUAAAUAUUUUCAAAACAAGAAGUAUUUCUUUGGACGCAGUCGCUGGGUAAUUUAUAACAAGAAAUUCAAUGUUGAUUAUGAUGGGAGCAUGAUACCACCUGCUUGGCAUCGUUGGUUACACUACAUAGGGGAUGUACCACCCAGCGUAUCCCCUCCCGUCUCAAAACCUUGGAUGUCACCACACAUAGAAAACCCUUCAGGAACAUGUAAGGAAUACGUUCCCUAUUCAACAACAAGGCCAAAAAUAGAGAGCUGGAAACCUUCACAAUGAUUUCUGCCUUUUUAUACCUUCUGUGUUUUGUUUAGACCUUAUUAACUAAUAAUAAACAGGGCCCAUGUUGCCAAUUCCACCAUGGGAACCCUGGUUUUUGAAGUG